CCUUCGGAAAUCGUGCGACAUCCCGGUGCCCGUGCAAGCGGGGAGGGGGAAAACGGCCUCGUCCCAGCAGCAAUUUUUGUCGGACAUAACCGCGGAGUUUCUCUCCCUCCUUGAGCGCAGACGGCUUGCAUCGUGGCUCUUUCAGAAGUGGCAUGUUCGAGGGAAACUGCGGGCGAAAUUGAACUCCUGCUUUCACCCAAAGAGGAUUCAAUGAAAAUGUCCGUGUGCGUCCAUGAGAACCGGAAGUCACGAGCCAGCACCGGCUCCAUGAACAUCUACCUUUUUCACAAGUCGUCGUACGCUGACAGCGUCCUCAUGCAUCUGAACUCGCUGCGGCAGCAGAGGCUUUUCACAGAUGUCCUUCUUCACGCCGGUAGCCGCUCUUUCCCCUGCCAUCGGGCCGUCCUGGCAGCCUGUAGCCGCUACUUUGAGGCCAUGUUCAGUGGGGGGUUGAGGGAGAGCCAGGCCAGCGAAGUCGACUUCCGUGACUCCAUCCACCCAGAGGUUCUAGAGCUUCUGCUGGAUUACGCCUACUCAUCACGCGUUGUCAUCAAUGAGGAGAAUGCAGAGUCUCUGUUGGAGGCUGGGGACAUGUUAGAGUUUCAGGACAUUCGGGAUGCUUGCGCCGAAUUCCUGGAGAGAAACCUUCACCCGUCCAACUGUCUCGGUAUGCUGCUUCUGUCCGAUGCCCAUCAGUGCACCAAGCUGUCCGAGCUCUCCUGGGGCAUGUGCCUCAGCAACUUCCCCGCUAUUUGCAAGACAGAGGACUUCCUCCAACUGCCCAAAGAUAUGGUGGUGCAACUUUUAUCACACGAGGAGCUAGAGACAGAAGAUGAAAGGCUGGUUUAUGAAGCUGCACUUAAUUGGAUCAAUUAUGACCUGGAGAGGAGGCACUGCCAUCUUCCAGAGCUCUUGAGAACAGUCCGCCUCGCCUUGCUGCCUGCCAUCUUUUUAAUGGAAAACGUCUCAACUGAAGAACUCAUCAAUGCCCAGGCCAAGAGCAAGGAGCUGGUGGACGAAGCCAUCCGCUGUAAGCUGAAGAUCCUCCAGAACGACGGUGUCGUAAACAGUCCAUGUGCUCGACCAAGAAAGACCAGCCAUGCCCUCUUUCUUCUUGGCGGGCAGACUUUCAUGUGUGACAAGUUGUACCUGGUUGACCAGAAGGCCAAAGAGAUCAUCCCGAAAGCUGAUAUUCCCAGCCCAAGGAAGGAGUUCAGUGCUUGCGCCAUUGGCUGUAAGGUGUACAUCACAGGAGGGCGAGGCUCGGAGAACGGAGUGUCCAAAGAUGUAUGGGUCUAUGACACUGUCCACGAGGAAUGGUCAAAGGCUGCGCCCAUGCUCAUCGCCAGAUUCGGCCAUGGAUCUGCAGAACUCAAGCACUGUCUGUACGUUGUAGGAGGUCACACUGCAGCAACCGGUUGCCUCCCGGCUUCUCCGUCAGUGUCGCUCAAACAGGUGGAGCAGUUUGACCCGGUGGCAAACAAGUGGACCAUGGUCGCUCCUCUCCGAGAGGGCGUGAGCAAUGCGGCGGUGGUCAGUGUCAAGCUCAAGCUGUUUGCCUUCGGAGGAACCAGCGUCACCCACGACAAGCUUCCCAAGGUGCAGUGCUACGACCCACAGGAGAACCGAUGGACCGUGCCCGCUUCCUGCCCGCAGCCGUGGCGCUACACCGCUGCUGCCGUGCUGGGAAACCAGAUCUUCGUCAUGGGCGGAGAUACUGAAUUCUCGGCGUGCUCUGCAUACAAGUUCAGCAGCGAGAACUACCAGUGGACUAAAGUGGGCGACGUGACGGCCAAACGCAUGAGCUGCCAGGCCGUGGCAUCGGGGAACAAACUGUAUGUGGUGGGUGGGUACUUCGGUACGCAGCGGUGUAAAACUCUGGACUGCUACGACCCCACUCUGGAUGCAUGGAACAGCAUCACUACUGUGCCAUACUCGCUCAUUCCUACGGCUUUCGUCAGCACCUGGAAGCAUCUACCUGCUUGAGCUCCAAACCCUGUCUACCUGUGCCCUCUCCAUCAGAUUUCCCCGUUUUGCAUCAUCUACUGGCCUCCGCAACUGUGAAGAAGCACACAUUUCUCUUCCUCUGGAAAAAAAAAAAAAAAAAAAAAAAAGAGACACUGAGCAGCGAUGUACAGACGCCCGCGUUCACAUUUCGAUGUUGCACCGACGACCGGACGACGCUUCGCUGGAGCGACGUCGGCGCCGCUCUCCGAGACGGAGAGCCGGCCGACAGGCGCAGCGCCACAGUCCACGCAAACCAAACCAAACAAACUGCUGCUGCUGCUGCUGCUGCUUGUUAUACGAGGCACAGACUCCGACCUUGUGUGCACAGCCUUGUGAGGCAUAUCAGACUCGUGCUUUCGUGCUGCCGUAGGAGUACCGCAAACAUAUCACACAACCUGCAUCUUGCCCGUGUAGUCACGACAGGCUUGUGAGAAUCUGCAUUGCUGUUUUUCUCUACGAUUAUUAUUAAAAAAUAAAAAAAGAAAAAGAAAAGAAGACAAAAAAAAAAAAUACUGUAUAGCAUGAUGGACGUCUGGUCAAGAUUGAGGGAGGGGGAAUGCAAUGAUCGGUGUGCUGAAGAACAAAGGGGACUCAGUUUUACUGAAAACGUUUGUUAUAUAAAAGGCACAAUGAAGGAGCAACUCUCCCCCCUUUUGUCGUUUAAUAAGCUCUUCUGUUCCUAUCUUCUUUCGCUUAUUUCAAACUCCUAACAGCGGGAAAAAAAAAAAAAAAACGGUGUUACUCUUGAUUUUAAAGCUCUGACAGUUUUGCUGUAGUCCGGGGGUUACGGACGACCGGCACCAGCUGACGUUGAGGAGGACGGAGGGUGAUCUCAGGAUCGCGACCUUAGCCGUUCGCCGUUUCGCAGACAGCACUAACGCCCGCGACCAAUCCCGCCGCGCUUCACAGAGAAAUGCUCGCAACGUAUCGCUGUAAAAGACCAACUGUGCUACUGUUGUCCUGAUAAAAGCAGUGACUUGCUCGCUGAGUCAUCACCCAACCCUUUCUGGAGCAGCAUGUCCACUCAUAGUGAUUCAGUAAAACUGGCAUGAACUCUUCCCCGUGGUCACCCAGAUCCCAUCACCUUAACGCAAACUGAGAACUCAUCAGUUCCUUCUGCUGCGAUGUAGUCUUAAUUUAUAUGGCAAAUGAAUACUACUCUUGUUAUGUUGAUAUGUUUAAUCCUAUUUAUUUCUUCCUCUGCUCGCAUUCAUCUGUGAAUGUAUGUUUGGGUUGUGUCAUGCAUGGUCAGGUGUUGUGUUUUUAUUUGAUCUCAGUGGGGCUCCGUUUUGCACAGUUCUCUCCCUUUUUUUUCCCCUUAAGGUGCACCUCUCCAAGUGUUUUCAGUUCUUUCAGAGUAUGGAUGGACGAGGCACAGUGGCUCACGGUAACGACGACGUGAAGCAGCUAUGAGCAAAGCCAAAAGACCAGGCGGCGUUUUUACUUCUGAUACAUCCUCCUUAAACUCUAACCUGGGUCCAAACUUGCCUUAAAUCGGCCUAAUCGUGGCCCAAAGUGUAGAAAUAAAACGAGAUAAAACAGAUAGGAAUGCCAGAAUGGCGCAGUAUGUGACCCAUUAACUCACCGGGGGGACGUCACAACGCAACCCUGACACGCCGGAGAAUGCGACCGUCUCCGCAGCUGUCUCAAGGACAGCUGCGGAGACGGUCGCGUGUGCUAACUUGGCUAACCCACAGUCUUCUCUAACAUGAAGGUUAGGAGAGAGUUCAAUCCAGUAAGCUGUGCAUUGUUAAGGGCAGACACCGCAGUGCUUUUCACCACAGUGUCAUUGAUACACAUGAAAAAAAGAAGGAAAAAAAAUAUAAAGAAUUGCAAGUUCCUCAUGACCAAAAAGCAGUGAAUGUCUUGAUCACUUGCAACUG